AUGACUGAUCCAAGUGACAAACAUAUGAAUUUCAUACUUUUUUUCAGAGUUCGUCGUCCAACUGCUGCACAACGUGAAUUGGUGGCUACGAUAAGUCGAUUUCAAAGGCGAAUCAAAGGAGCAGUUAUUGACGUUUGGUGGUUAUAUGAUGAUGGCGGUUUAACUUUGUUGAUACCACAUUUGCUAACGUUACCAAAGCGGUAUCUUGAAGGGGCACACAUGCGGGUAUUCACAAUUUCAACUUCCACAGUUACAAUGGAGCAGGAGCAGAGAAACAUGGCUGCGCUUCUCACGAAAUUUCGAAUUAAUUUUUCUGAUGUUUCCGUUAUUCCAGACAUCGGUAAGAAACCUGGCCUUCAAAUGUUAGUCUUUGAUAUCAGUUAUUCCCAACAGGAAGCUUUCAAAAAAUUAAUCGAACCAUUUCGUGUGCCUGAUGCUACUCUGAUAGAAGGACUUAUCACUGAUUCUGAACUCAGCGCUCAAAAAGAAAAAACGAAUAGGCAGUUAAGAGUAGCCGAACUAUUGCAUGAAUUGUCGGAAAACGCAGAUCUUAUUGUUUUAACCCUUCCAGUACCAAGAAAACGUUUAAUUAGCAGCUGUUUGUACAUGGCUUGGUUGGAUAUUAUGACGAGAGAUUUACCUCCGACCCUUAUGAUUCGAGGCAAUCAGACUUCUGUGCUCACAUUUUAUUCUUAA